UGUGUGAACAGUGAAAAAGCAAAGGAAUCUAUUAACAUGUCUGGUCGUGGUAAAGGUGGCAAAGUGAAGGGAAAGGCAAAGUCUCGGUCGAACCGUGCUGGUCUUCAGUUCCCUGUUGGUCGUAUUCAUCGUCUACUUCGCAAGGGCAACUAUGCCGAGCGUGUCGGUGCCGGCGCUCCCGUUUACCUGGCUGCCGUGAUGGAAUACUUGGCCGCUGAAGUUCUCGAGUUGGCUGGCAAUGCUGCCCGUGAUAACAAGAAGACGAGAAUUAUCCCUCGCCAUCUGCAGCUGGCCAUCCGCAACGAUGAGGAGUUGAACAAACUGCUCUCAGGCGUCACCAUUGCUCAGGGUGGUGUGUUGCCCAACAUCCAGGCCGUUCUGCUGCCCAAGAAGACCGAGAAGAAGGCAUAAAUGUUCCAAUAGCAAAAACAAUUUACAUUCUUGUACAAUAUAUAAACCAAAACGUCCUUUUCAG